AUAUGGCGCAACUUGAAGACUUUGCGCAAGCCGCACGUCUGGAGAAAUAUAGAAGCCGUCAAGAGGCCGCGAAAGGGUUUGAUGAUGACCUUGAAUUUUGUCCCUCGUUAUCAGCAGAAGAGCUUGCCGAAAUUCGACGUCAGGUCUCGCAAUUG